ACCAUGUUUUCCUCUCUCUUCAACCCACACACUCUCUUCUUCCCAUCGCCAUUUCUCCCCACAUCUCACAAAGAAUUUUUAGAGUUUCUUUGCUGAAACAAAUCUUUCUUUGUGUGUGAAAAUAUGGCUUUGGCUUUCACUUCUUCAUCUGCAAUUCAUGGCUCUUUGUCCUCUUCUUCUUCUUCCUAUGAACAUCCCAAAGUGUCCCAAUUGGGUACCUUUCAGCCAUUGGAUAGGCCUCAAAUGCUGUCAACGGCUUUGAAUAGUCGGAGGCGUUCGGCUGCGAAGCCAUUGAACGCUGAGCCUAAGAGGAAUGAUUGCAUAGUUCCCUCUGCAGCAACCAUCGUGGCUCCUGAAGUAGCAGAGAAAACUGAGGAAGAGGACUUUGAGAAAUUGGCUAAGGAGCUUCAAUAUGCUUCCCCUCUUGAGAUUAUGGACAAGGCCCUUGAGAAAUUUGGGGAUGACAUUGCUAUUGCUUUCAGUGGUGCUGAAGAUGUAGCUUUGAUUGAGUAUGCACAUUUAACUGGUCGACCAUUCAGAGUUUUCAGCCUUGAUACUGGGAGGUUGAAUCCGGAGACCUACCAAUUAUUUGAUAGUGUGGAAAAGCAUUAUGGCAUUCGCAUUGAGUACAUGUUCCCUGAUGCUGUUGAGGUUCAGGCCUUAGUUAGGACCAAAGGGCUUUUCUCUUUCUAUGAAGACGGCCACCAAGAGUGCUGCCGUGUACGGAAGGUUAGGCCCCUGAGGAGAGCCCUCAAGGGCUUACGUGCCUGGAUCACAGGGCAACGUAAAGAUCAAUCCCCUGGAACUCGAUCAGAAAUUCCUGUUGUUCAGGUGGACCCUUCUUUUGAAGGGUUGGAUGGCGGUGCUGGUAGCUUGGUGAAGUGGAACCCUGUGGCUAAUGUGGACGGAAAAGAUAUUUGGAACUUCCUUCGUGCAAUGAAUGUGCCGGUUAACUCAUUACAUUCACAAGGUUAUGUCUCCAUUGGAUGCGAACCUUGCACAAGGCCGGUCCUACCAGGGCAACACGAGAGAGAGGGAAGAUGGUGGUGGGAAGAUGCCAAGGCGAAGGAGUGUGGAUUGCACAAGGGCAACAUCAAGGAUGAAAGUGUGAAUGGUACUGUCCAAACAAAUGGUACUGCUACUGUUGCUGAUAUUUUUGAUACCAAGGAUAUAGUUACGUUGAGUAGGCCUGGUGUUGAGAACCUAUUAAAAUUGGAAGACCGAAGAGAGCCUUGGCUCGUUGUUCUUUAUGCACCUUGGUGCCAAUUUUGCCAGGCAAUGGAAGGAUCUUAUGUUGAAUUGGCUGAGAAGUUGGCUGGUUCAGGUGUGAAGGUGGGGAAAUUCAGGGCAGAUGGUGAGCAGAAAGCAUUUGCACAGCAAGAAUUGCAGCUUGGCAGCUUCCCUACAAUACUCUUAUUUCCAAAGCACUCUUCAAAGGCCAUUAAGUACCCUACAGAGAAGAGGGAUGUAGACUCCUUGCUAGCUUUUGUGAAUGCUCUCAGAUGAAAGGCAAAUGGUGUUUUGAUCAAUCACCAUUGUUUUCACAAAGAAGUAAUACAAAAGGAAGAUAGGGGUUGUAGAAUAUAUAUGGUUAAAAAUUGGUGGCAAAGUGCACCUUCCUAUUUAUCCCUUUUAAGUUUUUCUUCUUGUAUAGAAUUGGUAUAUGGUGGCUCUCCCUUUUCCUCCUUUGCAUUUUUGUUUUCUUAGUUCCUUCUUAGGACAAAUAAUUUUAUACUUUUUCCAUCCUUCUCAAGUAGAGAAGUAUAUAUGUCUGGGGGCUCAAUUUUGUUGGUUGAUGCAGAAGUGUUCUUGUGGUUACUUUCUCCACAUAAUAGAUUUUGUUCAUCUUCUCUCA